AUGGGAAAUUGCUAAUAGAUUUAAAAUCUUCAAGAAAAUGAAUUAAAAACUACACAAAAAGAGACAGGUAUCUAUAUUGCAGUCAAAAUAUGGUCGAAAAAAAGUAAUGAGCUCUUCAAUUAUGAAGCUAGGACCUAUAAGGAAUUAAAAUACGACUUGUUAAAGUAAGAAACUCUUCCUAAGUAGCUAAGACAUUUAUUUUGGAGAAAUCAAGAUGAUGGAUUAAUGCUAUUUAAUCCUAAUAAGAAUAUUUCUGUAAGUAACGAUAAGCAAGAGAGAUCUUUUCUAAGUAAAUGGGUAAAUCUAAGCUCUCUUGACCGUUAAAAUGGCAUUGAAAUUUAAGUGAAUGAUGUUUAUAAAUUUGGCAAUACGCUUUUGAAGGUGAAAGAUAUUUAUUUUUCUAAUCACCAGCAGAAGUUUAGGAAUUCUUUUGAUGCAGGAAGCAACUACAAUUGUGGAUGUAAUUCCAAGAAAAAUACUUUAAUCAUAGGAAAUUGCUCUGAUUAAUAGCAGCAAUAUUCAAAAUUAUUGUCUGAUAAAUCAUGCUAAAAAUAAUUAAGCUAAAUAAGUAAUAAUAAUAAUGGAAAAUGCCAGCGCUGUUAGAACGGCUGUUAGGGAAAUAAUUGGACAGUUAUGCAAAAGGCAACGACUAUGAUGCUUAGCUCCAAGUAUUAGGGAACAGAAGAAUGCAACGAUGAUUUGGAUUAAAGCUAUUUUGAUAAUAACUGUGAAAAUUAGGUAGCAGUAAACACUGAAAAAUAAGCUUGCAACUAAAAUUGUUGCAAUAACGCAAAAAGAUCUAAAAAAUCUCUCUGUCAUAACCAAGGAGAGCCUUUGAGAUAGUGUAAAAUAUGUCUUUAAACAGAAGAUGAAGAAAAAUUAAAUGAUUCUUUUUCAUAAUCUCUUUAAAAACAAAAUGAUGAGUUAGAGAAUAAAGAUCAUAGUUUUACUUUGCACUAGUCUAAUAUCAAAGAACAUCAAAAUUGCCACAACCAUUCAUUUUAUAGUACUUAAUAUACUUUCAAUAAUAAUCCUCUUAUAAGUAUUUGUGGUUGCUAAGGAUCUAUGAAAUAUGUUCACUUAAAAUGUCUUUAGACUUGGGUAAAGAGCAAAUAGUUGCUGAAUGAUUCCUUUAGCAGUAAAUACUGCGAGUAUUAUUCUCACAAGGCAAUGAUAUGUGAGCUUUGUAAGAAGAAUUAUCCAUUGAAAAUAAAUAUAAAUGGCAAAAAAGUCUUCCUUCUUCAAAUGGAAGAAUAGAACGAGGAAGAAGGCACUAAGAUUAUAUAUCCCGCCAGCACUGGAUCUCGCUAAGAUUCAAAUGUAAACUAAGCUGUCAUUUCUAUGCGUUAAAAUAGUCAAGAGAAUAUCUUGCAAAUUGAUAAUGAAGACGAUGAUAACAUUGCUGAUUAAGAUGAAUCACCAUUUGAAGGACAUGACAACAACGAAAAUGAAAGCAUUUAAAGCAGCGAGGAUGAAGGAGAUGAUUAAAAUAGCCAAAACUCUGAAGGAGAUGAAGAAGAGUAAAAUGAAGACCAAGAAGAAGAGGAAUAAAAAACAGACUGGGAAAAUUUAACAAAUCAAAAGAAAAGAGAGAAGAAAAAGAAAACGAAAAGAUUUGAUAACUAUGUCAUAUUCGAAAUUUCUAAUUCUUAAAAUACUUCAUUAAAUGGUCUGAUAAUACUUAAUUUAUAAAAAACCUACGAAAAUAAAGCAAAUCUAAACAAAACAUACAGCUCUGAUCAAAAUAAAAAUAGCUCAGUAUUAAAAACUAUUUUCACUCUUGGAAGAUAAAAUUCAUGUGAUAUUAAAAUUAAUGAUAUAACAGUAAGCCGCUUUCAUGCAGAACUAAAAGUUAACUAUGAAAAAGGUAGAAUAUUUUUGAAAGACACAAACUCUAAAUUUGGAACUUUAAUUAAGCUUAGAAAGGAGCUUGUAAUUAAUAAAAAAUUGGAUGGAGUCUAAAUAUAAAUAAAUAAUGUGUGCUUAGAAUUUUGUAUUGGAUAAGAUCCAUAGUAGGAAUUUUAUAAUUAACAAUAUACAAAUAAACAAGGGAAGGAAAAAGACUCCAGAGCGACAAUAUGCUAGUUCUCUACUUGCUUCAAAACCAAUAAUACCAGCAAACCUGACUACGAAAUCAAUAUUCAAGAUGCUAGUUUUAAAUUUAGGGAUUAAGAAUACAGUCCAAUCGAGUAGCUACAUGAUUUAAAUCCCUUAGAGUUAUCAUAUUAAAAUUGA